AUGUCCCUUCCAGACCCCCCAGCACGCACGUCAUCCGAGGACCAAGUCCUCUGCCUCACAAUCCUAGGCUAUCGCAAACCAGGCAUGAGCGAAGAAGCCUACCGGAAACACAUGAAGGAGGUUUCAGCGCCGCUGACAACGGGGUUGAUGGUGAAAUAUGGUAUUAUGCGAUGGACUCAGAUCCACAACACGAGCUCAACCCGCGAGCUGAUGUACCAGAUCAUGGACCCGCAGAUGGCCAAUAUCGCCGACUACGACUGCUUCAGCCAGGUGGUGUUUCGCAGUUUCGAGGACUAUAAGAAGAUCAAGGAUGAUCCGUGGUAUAAGGAGCAUUUGGUCGGGGAUCAUGAGAAUUUUGCUGAUACGAAGAGGAGCAAGAUGACAAUCGGAUGGAUUUCGCAGUUCAUCGACAAGGGCGUCGAGGUUGAUGGGUUUAGAGAUACUAAGUAG